GCGUGUGUGUGAAACCGCCCUCGUCGCCGUCGCCUGGUCCCGUCCCGUGCGCCGCCCCCACACCCGCCAUUACUACGACAACCACCUCCACCACCACCACCAUCAGAGGAGGCAGGAGCAGUCACACGCACACCUGAUCCUGUCGACAGAAAGUGUACUAUUACUACUGUUUCUCCAGUGAAAGCAGUGGGUGCUAUCGCGGCUUCAUCCCUCCCGUACUCCCGUGUGCUGCCGUUUCUUCCGCCAUGGACGGCCAACUCUGCCAUUAGAGCAGUGCUCGCCUCAAUCUUCGCCUUAUUCUGGCACAAAAUGAGGCUGGUUGUGUGGCACUGGUUUUUCUUCUUCUUCUUCACUUCUGUUUCAUCGUCUUGGAGUUUGACUUCAGAUGGUCUAGCCCUUCUUUCUCUGUCUAGGGAUCUCAUAUUACCUCAUUCCAUAAGCUCCACUUGGAAAGCUUCUGAUACAACUCCUUGUAAUUGGGAUGGGGUUUCCUGCAACAAAAAGAAUAGUGUGGUUUCUCUUGACCUGUCAUCUUCUGGAGUUUCUGGUUCUCUUGGACCCCAAAUAGGACUUAUGAAGAGCCUACAAGUACUCAGUUUGUCAAAUAACAGCAUAUCUGGUUCAAUCCCUCAAGAAUUGGGCAAUUGUAGCAUGCUUGAUCAAUUGGAUUUGUCCAGUAACAGUUUUUCUGGUGAGAUACCAGCAUCCCUUGGUGACAUCAAAAAGCUUUCGUCUCUCUCUUUGUACAGUAACUCCCUCACUGGUGAAAUACCAGAGGGGUUGUUCAAGAAUCAGUUUCUGGAGCAAGUGUACCUCCAUUACAAUAAACUCAGUGGUUCUAUCCCCUUGACAGUUGGAGAAAUGACUAGCCUUAGGUACCUGUGGCUGCAUGGCAAUAAAUUAUCUGGAGUUCUACCAGAUUCAAUUGGCAACUGCACCAAGUUGGAGGAGCUCUAUCUACUAGAUAAUCAAUUGAGUGGGAGUCUUCCGAAAACCUUGAGCUAUAUCAAAGGACUGAAGAUUUUCGAUAUUACCGCAAAUAGUUUCACAGGUGAGAUCACAUUUAGUUUUGAGGAUUGCAAGCUUGAGGUAUUCAUAUUGUCAUUCAAUCAGAUUAGCAACGAAAUUCCAUCAUGGCUAGGGAAUUGUAGUAGCUUGACACAGCUUGCAUUUGUCAACAAUAAUAUAUCUGGCCAGAUUCCAUCGUCUCUGGGUUUAUUGAGAAACCUCUCUCAACUUUUACUUUCUGAGAACUCACUUUCUGGGCCAAUUCCUCCUGAGAUAGGUAACUGCCAGUUGCUGGUGUGGCUGGAGUUGGAUGCAAACCAGCUCAAUGGCACUGUUCCUAAAGAGCUGGCAAAUCUGAGAAAAUUGGAGAAACUCUUUCUGUUUGAAAACCGCCUCAUUGGGGAGUUCCCUGAGGAUAUUUGGAGCAUCAAGAGCCUGCAAAGUGUCCUUAUCUAUGAAAACAGUUUUACUGGGAGGCUACCUCCAGUGCUAGCUGAGCUGAAGUUCCUGAAGAACAUUACACUUUUCAACAAUUUCUUCACUGGAGUUAUACCACCAGAUUUGGGUGUUAAUAGUCGUUUAACCCAAAUUGAUUUCACAAACAACAGUUUUGUUGGUGGAAUCCCGCCUAACAUUUGUUCAGGGAAAAGAUUGAGAAUUUUGGACUUGGGGCUUAAUCUUCUCAAUGGUAGCAUCCCAUCCAAUGUUAUGGACUGCCCAAGUUUGGAACGAUUUAUUCUCCAAAACAACAAUCUAAGUGGGCCCAUUCCACAAUUUAGGAACUGUGCAAAUCUGAGCUAUAUAGAUCUGAGUCAUAAUUCCUUAAGUGGCAACAUUCCAGCAAGCUUGGGGAGAUGUGUAAAUAUUACGAUGAUAAAAUGGUCAGAAAACAAGUUGGUUGGUCCAAUACCAUCUGAAAUUAGAGACUUGGUGAAUUUGAGAGUGCUAAACCUCUCGCAAAACAGCCUGCAAGGUGUUCUUCCAGUGCAGAUUUCUAGUUGCUCCAAGCUGUACUUGCUUGACUUGAGUUUCAACUCUUUGAAUGGUUCGGCACUCACAACCGUAAGCAACCUUAAGUUUCUGUCACAACUACGGUUACAAGAGAAUAAAUUCAGUGGAGGCAUACCUGAUUCCCUCUCGCAGUUGGAUAUGCUUAUUGAGCUGCAACUUGGUGGCAACGUUCUUGGGGGCAGUAUCCCUUCAUCGUUAGGAAGGUUGGUAAAACUGGGCAUUGCAUUGAAUAUUUGUAGCAAUGGACUCGUUGGUGGCAUUCCGCCAUUAUUGAGCAAUUUGGUGGAGCUGCAAAGUUUAGAUUUGUCACUUAAUGGCCUCACUGGAGACCUAGACAUGUUAGGAAACUUACAAUUACUGCAUGUAUUGAAUGUUUCCUACAAUAGAUUCAGUGGUCCGGUCCCAGAAAAUCUUCUGAAUUUUCUGGUUUCCUCACCGAGCUCCUUUAAUGGCAAUCCAGACCUCUGUAUCUCUUGCCAUACCAAUGGUUCUUAUUGCAAGGGGUCUAAUGUUUUGAAACCUUGUGGAGAGACCAAAAAACUACACAAACACGUCAAGAUUGCUGUUAUAGUUAUUGGUUCAUUGUUCGUUGGAGCAGUUUCCAUACUUAUACUGAGUUGCAUCCUUUUAAAGUUUUAUCAUCCAAAGACAAAAAAUUUAGAAUCAGUCAGUACUCUGUUUGAAGGUUCUUCUUCUAAAUUAAAUGAGGUUAUAGAGGCUACUGAAAACUUUGAUGACAAGUAUAUCAUCGGUACUGGUGCUCAUGGAACUGUUUACAAGGCAACACUGAGGUCAGGAGAAGUAUAUGCUGUAAAGAAGCUUGCAAUAUCUGCACAGAAAGGUUCGUACAAAAGCAUGAUCAGAGAACUGAAGACAUUAGGCAAAAUCAAGCAUCGGAACUUGAUAAAGCUGAAAGAGUUUUGGUUAAGAAGUGAGUAUGGGUUCAUGCUUUAUGUUUAUAUGGAGCAAGGUAGCCUUCAAGAUGUUCUGCAUGGGAUCCAACCUCCUCCAAGUUUGGACUGGAGUGUGCGCUAUACCAUAGCUCUUGGUACUGCCCAUGGGCUAGCGUAUCUUCAUGAUGACUGUCAACCUGCAAUUAUUCACCGAGAUAUUAAGCCCAGUAAUAUACUUCUGAAUGGGGACAUGGUUCCACAUAUAGCAGAUUUUGGCAUUGCAAAGCUCAUGGACCAGUCUUCUUCUGCUCCACAGACUACUGGAGUUAUUGGCACCUUUGGAUAUAUGGCCCCAGAGUUGGCAUUUUCCACCAGGAGUAGUAUCGAGUCCGAUGUAUACAGCUACGGCGUCAUACUCCUUGAGCUGCUAACAAAAAAACAGGUGGUGGAUCCCUCGUUCCCCGACAACAUGGACAUUGUCGGUUGGGUGACCGCAACGCUCAACGGCACCGACCAAAUCGAACUCGUCUGCGACUCGACGCUGAUGGAGGAAGUCUAUGGCACGGUGGAAAUAGAGGAAGUCAGCAAGGUCCUGUCCUUGGCUCUUAGGUGCGCAGCGAAGGAAGCGAGCCGAAGGCCGCCCAUGGCCGAUGUUGUGAAGGAGCUGACUGAUGUCAGGAAAUCCGCCGGGAAGUUGUCCAAGCCGGAGAAGACGGCCUCCCGGAGCUCGUCCUGACAAUAGAAUUCAUGGUAUAACCUAGCCGUUCAGCCCCUCAGGACUCAGAUAGCCUGGUACUCUGGUGCAGUUUAGCUGUGUAAAAUGUAAAAUGUUUGUAACCCCGGUUGUGUUUAGCACUAGUACACGGUUGGUUAGAAUGGGGGGCUGGAAAAGUGGCAAUUCGAUAUGGGAUUGAUUGGAACAGUUCAUUCCUAACCAUUUUUUGUGUAGUGUAAAUGAUCUGUGUGCAAGUGUAACUGAUUACUGAAUGUAGCCUUGACUGGUGUAUAACUUACAAGAAUUGAUAGUUCUUCUGUGCCUUAUUUAUACUGAAAAGAGGGUCUCAUUGUUGUCA